AUGAAGCAGCGUAGUGGAUCUUGGGCUUACCGUUGCAUAAAAGAUACCCCAGGCGUCACCCACCUGGCAGUUCACUUACCCAAUGUCGAGCGAGUACACUUCACUGACCAGAAUUUCCUAGACAGAGUGGCGACACCUCCGAAAAUAACACUGACUGCAUUUUUCCACCUGUACGAAAAGGGCAACUUUGCCAAAACCCUGCUGUACUCUGAAGUACCACGGUACUAUACAUGGAAUACAUCUAGGAAGGAAUGGAAGCGUCGUGUACAGGGGACACCAGUUGAAAAUUGGCCAGGUAUGAAGGCAGAAAUCGCAUUGAGUCGGAUAUAUAUUGUGCACGUCAGCUACUUUGAAUGUUUUUGCUUGCGAAUGUUGCUCAAUGAGGUACGGGACCCGACAGGUUUCCAGAUGCUUAAAACUGUAGAUGGUUAA